CCAGAAGCCAAGAAGGGGCGGACAGAGGGUUGGGGGUGGGCAAGGCGCCCAUAAAGCGCCCCUCCUCCGCCCCAGGAGCGAGAUCCGUCCAGGCAGGGAGAGCGCAACGACCAGGGUCCCCGGUUCCCUCCGCAGGUGCGCCGUCGCCACUUCGGAGCCGCAGAAAGAGGAGCCCCGCAGGAUCCCUCCAUGUCCGAGACCGAGGCGCCCACGGAGGCCCCGCCGGCCGCUCCCUCGGAGGCCCCGGCGGAACCGGCUCCGGCUCCAGCUCCCGAACCAGCCAAGGUGGAGCCAGCCCCGGAGCCGCCCCCUGUUGCGCCCGCAGCCCCGGAGCCAACCCGGGAACCAGUCCCGAAGAAGAAGCCCAGAGAAGGAGGUCCCGGUGCCCCCAUGAAUCUGAAAUUGGAUGAUGUGAAUGACGAUUCUGUGACUUUGACAUGGGACGCACCAGAGAAUGUGGGUCCUGCCGGCCUGGAUGGAUACCUGGUGGAAUACUGCAAAGAUGGAACCACAAACUGGGUGGCUGCCAACAACAAGCCCUUCCUUUCUACCCGUUAUGUUAUCCGCAAUCUAACAUCCGGAGAUAAACUCCAUAUUCGUGUGACAUCAGCAAAGGGUGAUGCCAUAAGUGAUCCAGCAACCCUGGAGCAGCCUGUCCUGGUCAGAGAAAUUCUUGAGCAACCCAAGAUCCGGCUACCACGCCAUUUGCGACAAUUGUACUUGAAGACAGUGGGUGAAGUAGUGAACUUGGUGAUCCCUUUCCUGGGAAAGCCCAAGCCACAGGUGACCUGGACCAAAGACGGACAACCUUUGGAUCCCAAGCGAGUGACUCUACGCAACAGUGAUAGAGACUCCAUCUUCUUCAUCCGUCAAGCACAGCGUAUAGAUUCUGGAAAAUAUGAAAUGACUGUUAGGAUUUUGGAUGAAUUAGAAGACAAAGCCACAAUUCAUCUCCAGGUGAUUGAGAAACCAGGUCCUCCUGAGAACCUGAAGCUACUAGAUGUCUGGGGUUUUAAUGUAGCACUUGAAUGGAGCCCACCCAAAGAUAAUGGCAAUGCUGAUAUCUCGGGUUAUACAGUCCAGAAAGCAGACAUGAAGACUAAGCAAUGGUUUACUGUUCUGGAGCACUACAAUCGCACUAACUGCACAGUGUCUGAUCUCAUCAUUGGCAACAGCUACACCUUCCGCGUCUUCUCAGAGAACCCUUGUGGCCUCAGCGAGAAACCUGCUGUCGCCAAAGGGGUGGCACACCUCAAAAAAACAGUAAUUGUGUGCAAAUCAGAGCCGUUCAAUAGCCGAGAUUUCUCUGAACCUCCAAAGUUCACCCAGCCGCUGACUGACAGAAUCACUACCCGAGGUUACAGUACUCAGCUUGUCUGUUGUGUCCGGGGUUUCCCAAAGCCCAAAGUCAUUUGGAUGAAAAAUAAAAUGGAGAUUGGAGAAGACCCCAAAUAUCUUGCCAUCACAAACCAAGGUGUUUGCUCUCUCGAAAUUCGCAAGCCCAGCCCCUUUGAUGGUGGGGUCUACACUUGCAGAGCCGUGAAUCCUUUUGGAGAAGCCUCUGUAGAAUGCAAACUGGAUGUGAAAAUGCCAGAAUGAAGAUGGUACUUUGAACUGGAUGAAGAGCAAGAUAGUGGAAACAUGUACAAACCAUUUUAAAAGACUUUAAUGAAAACUGGCUCAGCCAGAUGUACCAGAUGGAUGUGUUAUCACCAUUUGCUCCUUGGCUUCAACAACUGUAUAUUUGUUAGUUUAUUUAUGAUGUUUAUAUGUUCCUGUAUACUGAAAGGCCCUCAGAGUGAAAACCAACAAUGGUGUACAAUAUGGUAAACAUUUAAAAGGCCUCACAAUCAUUAAAAUGUAAAAUAAA